AUGCCCGAGAGGCAUUGUAUUCUUCAGGAAAAUGCAGCUUCAAGCGCUGCUUCGGCAUUCAUCGCUUCGGAGUCGAAGGGGGUGGGAUCGAUUUUCCUUCGAUCGGGGGAGCUAAGGGCCAAAUCUAACUCCCAUCCUUACGCUUCGUGUCUCUUCCAUAUUUUGGCGACCUUAGCGUCCGUCGCGGCAAUUGCAGUGCUUGUUUCCGUCUGUUCGAGCGUCUACACAAGACAUGGAGUCCAAAACCUUCUAUCCCGCAGGCUGGCCAGCUCAGAAGACAGUGAUGUGUCAGUUUGCAGCAUCCACAGUGAUGGAAAGGAGCAGCACCAACCCCAGAACCCAGGUCAGUCCAUCUCGUCCGGCGGCAAAGAAUGCAAUCUGCCCCUAAAGAAGAGGUUGUUAGCCAGAGUGGCUGGGGGCGGGAACAGUGGCGAUGGCGAUAGUUCCAGGCAGCAAGAGGCGCUGCAUCAUCACGGCGAAGGCGAUGAGCCGUUUGGUUCACCCUUAGAAGUCGUAGAUCCAACGCAUGGGGGACGUGGCCACGCAACUUUUCCGGGUCGCGGCCAACUGCCUUCAGCCCACGUCACACGAAGGAUGACUCGCAGCUCACAACAGCAAGCUUCUGGAUUAUCCGUCGUAGAUGCAAGGCAAGCAGCAACGGAGGAUGUUGAGCCCACGCAUAUCCAGCGGCAGCAGCAAGACCUGCAGCUGGUGCAAUGGAAGCAUUCAGUGGUGAAAUGGCAUCGGAACCAGGAGCCGCCCCACACCGAGCCGCUUCUAGACAGCAGGUAUCAUCCUUAUCUUCGACAACGAGAUUAUUUGGAGAGCCUGCGUCGGCAGCGGCACGUGCUUAUUCAACUUCGAGAGCGUCAGAAACUUUUGUUACAACAGCAGCAGCAGCAGCUGUUGGAACUGCAAACCCAACAGCAGGGAAGAAAAGCCAGGAAGAAGCAGCAGGAGAUGCAACAGCAGGAGCAGGGGGUCACGCCGCAGGAGAAGCGCCAGCGUCAGGGCGCAAAAAGAAAGCGGAAGCGAAAGCAACAAGAGCAGCCGGCGCAGCAAGAGAAGCAUCAGGCGCAGCCUGCGCAACCUGAAGAUCCGGUCUCAGCGUAUAUAAAAGAAGAUGCAUGGCUUUCCCCGGACUCUCAAAGGUCUCACACGCCUCCGCCGAGGACCUCCCAACAGGCGUUGCAAUCUCCUGCUGCUGCACCAGUAGCAGGUCCCUCAACGUCCUGGCAAUCCCCUUUAGAGGGGAUUGAAGUAGGAGGUCAUUCUGCACCUCCUACUUCUGGUGAUGCAAGCGUUUCAAGGGAUGAAGUUGCUGAUUCGGGAGAAGGGGCAACAGUAGCAAACGGAGCAACCAUCGUUGAGUCUCCUGAUGCUGUCUCGUCCUCUGAUGAAUCCACGACUGCCAGAGGAGGCAUGAGGUCGGAGGCACCGAUCCUUUCUGCUUUACUGGCUGGUGGCAGUAUUGACGGUGCACGAGCAGGAACUGCUGGAACUGAAGAAGUCGCACCAGGGGUUUCCUUUAUGAAAGUAUACUUAUGGAAUCCUGACGACCCCGGAGGGACGCCGGGUCCUAGUCAUGCAGAAAUGAUGCAGCACCCAUUUGUGCGUCUGCCCAGGCCAAUGGUGGACGAGGGUACUGCUUUGCCUCAGGUUGACUUGAAACAUGCCGUGGAGCAGAUUCCCGGCAGGCGUGACGUUGUGCUGCUGCUACAGAGGGCCCAUGAUCUGCUGUUGCAAGAGGCAUUGCGUGCUAAUGGCUUGAAGCAAUUGACGAAUAUAGCAAUGCAUCUGAUAUCACACGCGAUGAACCAUCAGACUCAAAAGGUGUCAGACCAAAAAAUUGGCCGUGCAGUUGACCGGUUGGGCGUUCGCUUCCUCCUGCUGGAUGUUGUGGUUUCCACCUUACUUGUGCUCGGCCAGGAACCAGCUGCUGCGUAUUGGCAGCGUUUCGUAGAUGCAAUGCCCCACGACGGUCCCGCGGAGUCCAUGCGGCAGCCUUUUUCCUUCUUUUUGGCGCAGGACCUCAGCUCCGCCAUGGUAACACUGAAGACAGGAAGGAGGCCACCUCCACAUGUACUGUUGAAGAUCAAGCGGAUGCUUUUCUGCACGUCUGGCUCUCCUUUUCGUUAUAGAAGAAGGGAUUUCGAUCGCUGGAGGAUUGAUGACCGUUGUCAUCUCAAGGGGAUAUAG